AAGUAAGUUUUGUUUACUAGCUGUAUUUUGUAAACAACCGAAUAAGUAUUUAAAUAUAGCGUUUCUUAGAAAUUCAACGGCAUCUUUCUGUUAACUUAGUUCGCUGUUUUUUUUUUACCGUUUGUAAGGCGAAUUUAACCGUUUUUAUAAUCUGUAUCUGUCAGAUGUUUCAUAACUGAUUACCUCGGUCUCAAAACAAACUUUCUGUCUAGAUGUACACUGUUUAAAAAUCAUAUCUAGGUAGGCACCGAGAAGACACCGAUGCUGAAAGUCCACUUUGGAGAAGUUUGAAAGGGUUUUGUCAUGGAUCCAGAGGUGUCCUUCAUGCUGCACUGUGAUCCAUUACAGGCUCUCGGAGAACAUCAGAUUCAUGUCGAAAUUUCGGACAGGUUCAAUCGGCAGAGUUUUCCUGAAAUCGAGCAGCACAUUGAAGCUGUAUGGAGUGACCGAGUGGCCAAGCAACCCUGGCUCUUCAAUGGAGCUAAAUUCAGAUUGCAUUCAGCGGUGCUCUCCGUCAUUGAAAAAGGACCAAUGGCAGAACAGGCCGUCCAGAACCUAACACACUCACCACGUGGUGAAGGAGACCAGUUAGAAAGUGCUGAUAAAUCCUCAGACAGAUUGGCCAAAGAUGAGCAAUCAUGUGUGCUCACAUUACAGUUAGGCCUGACCUGUUAUAAAGACUAUCUCGGGACUAACUGGUCACGAGAGGCCGGGAGGCUGCAGAGUCACGGACAGAACGAAUGCGCAGAUCCGCAGGCCUUCCUCGCUCAGCCGCUGGGGGUCGGUGCUGUCGUGGCCACGGCGGACGGAGACGUCGUCCUGCUGAGGAGGAGCCAGAAGGUGGCAGAGGCUGCAGGCCUGUUAGACAUACCUGGAGGUCAUCCUGAGCCGAAGAUGUUGUGUCCAGAGGUCAGCGAGGAGGCCAUAUGUGCUGAUCUCUUGCAGGGCAAGGAGAGAGCCGUUGUUUCAGAGAUCUUCUCCUCAGUGUGUGCAGAGAUCAGUGAUGAGGUGAAUGUUCCCAUCAGUUCUCUGAGCAAACCGGUGUUUAUGGGAAUUGCGCUGAACCACACUAGUGCAGGACGACCCAGUGCAGAGUUUUACGUCCGUGCACUUUGACAACAGAGGAAGUGAGAGAUUUCUACAGACACGGAGGUCCGGAGGCCCAUGAGUCCACUGAAAUACUGUUUCUGAGUCGAGCGGUAAGCGUUUCUAUAAAUCCAGACUAGUCCACCACAUCAUAUUUAAAUUCUCUUGGAUACAAGGGUUACAGAUCAUCAAAAACAGAGUACAAGUACAUAAACAGGAAUUUCGAAACACAUUGUUUAUUGCAUUUUUAUGUUAUUUUCUACAGAAAAUGUUCCAGUUGAACGAGUGCGCCCCCCUGUGGUCAGAGAUGUGUCCUUCAGCGAAGGGUGCAGUACUGCUGUAUCAGAGGGUGAUGCCUGAUUGCUGAAUUCAAUCAGAUACUCAGCAUCCUCUGAAUAAUUGUGCAAGCAGGUCAUAUAAACACGAGUAAUCACACCAUUUAAAGAAAUAGUUCACUCACAUAUGAACAUUUGAUGAAAAUGUGCGUACCCUUUGGAUCAUCCAAGAUAUAGAUGAGUUUCUUCAUCAGGUUUGGAGAAAUGUGGCAUUGCAUCACUUGCUCACCAAUGCAUGUGAAUGGGUGCCUUCAGAAUGAGAGUCCAAACAGCUGAUAAAAACAUUACAGUAAUCCACAGUCCAUCAGUUAACAUCUUAAAACAAAUUCUAUGCAUUUGUAAGAAACAGAUCCAUCAUUAAUGCACUAAAUUAUGAGUCCAUAAUCCAUAAUAACACUUCCUCCUGUUGUCUCUCACAUCAAAAUCCACACACAUAUUUGUUUUGGCUUGUAAAGAGUGCUUGAUCUGUGCAGAUUUCUCUCAUGAUUCAGACCAGACUUUUUAUUUCUUUUCUUUUUUUUUUUCACUGGAGGAAGUGUUAUGAUUAUUUUUGGUAAUAAUGUCUUAAAGAUGGAUUUGUUUCUUACAAACAUGCAUCUUUUCUCUUCUCAAGAUGGACUGUAGUGCUGUGGAUUAUUGUGAUGUUUUUAUCAGCUGUUUGGACUCUCAUUCUGACGGCACCCAUUCACAUCCAUUGGAGAGCAAGUGAUGCAAUGCUACAUUUCUCCAAAUCUGAUGAAGAAACAAACUCAUCCUAAUCUUGUUGAGCACAUUUUUCUUUCUGGUUACUAUUAUUUUAAUCUAUUUUAUGAUCUAUCAGGGCCAACAGUU